UUUUUUUUAACAAUGGAGUUUGGAGGUGUAGUUUUGAGGGCAUAUAUAGUAAGAUUUGUGAGGUCCGGAUAGUCGACCGGCUUGCCGCGGUAUGCCGCGGGUUGAUAGCUUGGAUCUGCGUGGUUGAUAUGGCGUCAGUUUGGUGAUUAUCGUGUUAUCGGGAUGCCGCGGGGUUUAGUUGUAUGAGUUGUACAGUGGAAACUAGAUAUAACUGGGCGAGUUGGCGAGUAGAUAUACAUACCAAGACUUCGUCGAGCAUAGAGGCUUCUGAGAAGGCCUAUUCAUCAUGGAUACACACUCUCUCCAUAGAGACAGGGGGGAUCCAAAGGGUUACACCAGAUCAACGGCAGGAUAAUGUUACUCAUUUCUGGAAUGCAUGCACCUUUUGGCUGAGUGCGAACAUGGCUGUAGCCACUCUUACCACAGGCGCUCUUGGUGGGCCCAUGGGCCUCAGGUUUGGGGAUAGUUUGAUCGUCAUCCUGGUCGUUAACUUGAUCAGUGACCUGCUUCCAGCAUGGACUGCAGCAUUUGGUCUCACAGGACUGCGCAUGACCACAUUCUCGCGAUACUCCUUCGGCUACUGGGGCAAUCUGCUCGUCGUUGUUUUUUCAAUGGUCGCAACCACCGGCUGGAACGCAAUUAACUCUAUCUCCGGUGCCGCAGUCCUCAAUGCUCUCUCCGACGGACAAUGCCCAACCUGGGUUGGGGUUAUCAUCAUCUGCACGGUUGUCUGGAUCAUCUGCGUGCUAGGGAUCAAUUGGAUCCACAAAAUCGAUAGCUUUAUCUGGAUCCCGCCGCUGAUAGUCUGGUGUGUAACCGCAGGAACAGGAGCGUCGCAUUUCAGCAGCAACGAACCCAAGAGCUUCACCACCAGCGAGGACAGAGCGGCUGCGAUUCUGUCCUUCAUGGCGGUCAUCUUCUCCUUCUCCGUCUCAUGGGUCAACUGCGCAGCGGACUACAAUGUCCGCAUGCCGAUCAACACCUCCCGCGCCAAGAUCUUCGGCGCAACGUACAUCGGCAUCCUGAUCCCCUCCGUGCUAGUCCAAGCCCUAGGCGCCGCGCUGUACACCGGCACGAUACAUUCUCCGCAGUGGAAGGCAGCAUAUAUCAGUUCCGGAGUAGGCGGGCUACUUAAGAUGGCGCUGGAACCAGCCGGUAGGUUUGGUAAAUUUCUAAUGGUUCUAGCUGCACUGAGCGCGAUCCCGAACAACAUCCCAAACAACUACUCCUUCGCUCUCCAUGCGCAGAACUUCGGCCCCUGGGCCCUCCGCAUCCCCCGCAUCGCCCUCGUCACGUUCGGCUUCGUCCUCUCCGUAAUUGUAGGCUGCUGUGCGGCCCAGUACUUCAAGGACACAUUGCAGACAUUCCUUAGCGUAAUUGGCUACUGGACUGUCAUACACAUCGUCGUCGUAGCGGAGGAGCAUAUCGUCUUCCGACGCGGUUGGGAGGGCUACGAUCUGGAAGCCUGGGGUGAUCCGGCAAAGAUGCAGUUUGGGUGGUCGGCCAUCGGGGCGUUUGGCGCGGGCUUUGUGGGGGCUGCGCUGGGGAUGAAGGUUGCGUGGUAUGUUGGGUCGAUCGCUGGGUUGAUCGGGAAUGGGGCAAAUGUUGGUCAUGAGUUGACGGGUGCUUUUUCGGGAAUUGUCUUUUUGGGGUUGAGGUGGGUUGAGAAACGGGUUUCUGGGAAAUAGCUUACUUUUGAGUUUGGCAUUGAAUGUUUAAAUGGUUUGGGGUUGAGUUUGUAUAUACAAUAUUAUCAGCGGGUGAGGCUAUCCCGACAGCAAUGAUAUAUAUGUUCUUGGAGCUUUAUAUGGAGCUCAUUCU